AACAACGAUUAAAAAAAACGACUACAAUUUUAUUAGAAUGACAACAACAAUUAAAAAUAUUAAAAAAUGUAUUCACAAACUGAUAAGAGCAACAAUGCAGCAGCCCCGCUGAAUUAUCUUCGUGCUAAUCGCUGCUGUCAGCCGCCGCAGUUGGCAGCGUCGAAUCGAUCGAGUGUGAAGAAUGCAUCUUCACAGAGCGAUCAGAAUUAUCAGUUUCAACCCGGUUACCGGCGUAUGAUUUUGAAGAAUUUCCAUUCCUCGAAAACUGCACAAGCAACUUUAGUCGCGCGGCACACCUUAAAUUUUGCAAGAUUUUGUCGUUUUGUGCCAUUUAUUAAAAUCGCUUUGAUAUUGUUUUAUUUUAAUUGCUUAAUAAAUCUACCGGGUGGUGUGCAUGCAGCACCCCAGUCCUGUAUACUCUGUGAUAAAAAAGAUUUGGAAGCCAAAGAUCCUGGGGGAAGUAAUUUUGAAGAGUUCCGAUUUGAGCACCAAGUUACUCGACAAGAUGCGAUCAGCGCAUUAAAGAUGUUUAAUAAUAGCUUCGAUCACGGUUCUUCAUGCAAGUCCGUUUCCUGUACAAAAACUGUUAUGAAAUAUUGUCUGGGAGCACAGUUCAUAAAUGAUCACUGCUGGUGUGAGCUAGGACAUACUGAAGAAGGAUUGCCUUUCGUGCCACACAUUUGCUACGUGGGAGAAAAAGUUUAUACUGCUUCACUUGGUUCCUGUUUUUUAUACGAGGAUGUUAAGGACUGCUGUUGUGCUCCAGCCCUUGCAAAGCAAUGGCGACACAUAUCUGGAGCUAUGAAGAUGUCAGUGCAUAAUAAUCAGUGGAUUCUAUUGGUGCUGGCUUUUUUCAUUAUUGUUGUUACUAGGCAUAGACAUGGAAGUUGAAAUACAUAUGAAAAAUGAUUUUGAGUGUUUUUAGUCAUAUUUUAGUAUUACUAAAUUUAUUUUAAUGAAUGUUUCAUAAUAAGAAAAUAUGUAAUCGAUUUAUAUU